GCUGUCCGGAUCCCGCAAUUACCAUCUAAUAUGCCAACAGAUACAAUUUCGCUACAAUAUAUCUCGCCACUGUAACACCAUAUCUACUAGUUUCUCUACCCCCUUGGACCAAGUUUCGUAGAAAGGACUACACUUUCAAUAUGGAGGAGAGCUAUUUGGAUUUCGACCUAACCACUGGCCAUUUCGACGGCGACACGAGCGGGUAUACAUGGACAAAUUUUCCUUCGAAUUUAACAUUUUUGCACUCGUCCUCGAACGACACAUUUAAUGUUACCCGGUAUAAUGUUGCAUGUCCUUCGAUGCAAAACCCGGUUGGCAAUUUCAUCACCAUGGUUCUGUACGCGGUAGUUUGUAUUGUUGGCCUUUUUGGCAAUACUCUCGUAAUUUAUGUAGUAUUAAGAUUUUCCAAGAUGCAAACAGUCACGAACAUGUACAUAUUAAAUCUAGCGAUAGCCGACGAAUGUUUUCUCAUAGGAAUACCGUUUUUGUUGAUAACGAUGCAUAUAGGGAAGUGGGUCUUCGGUGAAACCAUGUGCAAGGCUUACAUGGUCAGUACGUCGAUAACACAGUUCACGUCGUCGAUUUUCCUUUUCGUAAUGUCGGCGGAUCGGUACAUAGCCGUUUGUCAUCCAAUUACAUCCCCGCGGUUUCGCACCCCUUUGGUCUCGAAGAUAGUAUCGGGGAUAGCAUGGACUUACUCGGCCAUAAUAAUGCUUCCUGUGAUACUAUUCGCGAACAUUAUCGAGUACGACAAGGACACGAUAUCGUGCAUAAUUCGGUGGCCGGAAGAUCAUGGUACACAAUCGGGUACAACAUUUAUACUGUAUUCACUGAUUUUGGGGUUCGCUCUGCCCCUUAGUUUCAUAUUGUGCUUCUACUAUUUAGUUAUUCGAAAAUUGCAUACGGUCGGCCCAAAAAACAAGUCAAAAGAAAAGAAGCGGUCGCAUCGCAAAGUAACUAAAUUAGUACUGACAGUGAUUACAGUGUACGUUCUGUGUUGGCUACCCUAUUGGAUAUCACAAGUCGCCCUCAUCCACUCACCGCCGCACAACUGUCGUUCGCGUCUAGAAAUCACGAUUUUCCUACUGGUCGGUUGCCUCGGCUACUCCAAUUCCGCCAUGAAUCCUAUUUUAUACGCGUUCCUCAGUGAUAAUUUUAAAAAAAGUUUCCUGAAAGCUUGCACAUGCGCAGCCGGGAAGGAUCUCAACGCUCAGCUGCAACUAGAGAAUAGUCUGUUUCCGAAAUUCGGUAAGAAUCGGGGAUCAGAACGUCUUUUGAAUUCGUCGGCCAAGCAGCAGUUACAGAAGAACAACCGCUAUUGUAGUAAUGCAAAUAAUUCGGCAACAACGGUCCUGGCAGACCAGACAACUGUCACGUGUCCUGGAAAAUCGACGGCCACCACGACGGUAUCGAUAACACGGUCGAAAUCGGACGCAGGUGAUGAAAAGCCCCCGGUUUUGCACACUGACUUAUAAUACGUUUAGCGAACUACGAUUCAGAACAGGAAGAUAAAUUACGAUUAAUCUAGAUAUUUUUGGGAAUUCUAUAAAUUUAAAUGGAAGCUUAAUUGUAGGUUAAUAAAAUUGAAGCAGGAUAUUGUAUUGUGAAUUGAAGUCUGCAACCUAAUUAAUAACGUAAUGAAUAUUACAUCGAAAUAUACAAUUUGAUUAGUUAAGUGAUUUGUAAAUAAUUUGAUUUGAUGUGAAUACUAACGCCUGGGGCGAUGUAAUGGAAAUUGUCAAGUUUACUGAACCGUUUUUGUUUUUAAUAUAUUUUAUGUAUGGAAUAAAUUAAAUAAUUCAAAUAUACAUACUCGGACCCCGAACACUUUGUAAGUUACUGCUUGGGGAGGACCCAGGACUAAGAUUCGAAAUAAAGUUGAAACAGGUAAUGA